AAGAUGGAAUUGUUAUAAACGGAACGACACGCGUUCGAAUUACAAUUGAAAGCCGGGCGCCAUGCGAUAGGGAUUUGAAGUGACAGAAUCAUUAACGUUUCCAUCUAAGCUAGUUUAAUUCUUUAACGCUCUUGUUGCAACUGUCCUUGUUUUCGUCGUCGUCUAGAUUUAUUUCGUUGUUGAACCACAACCAAGAAAAUGUACCAGGAAGUGGUCGUUUUAUAUUACGCUUAGGAAUACUUCCUUCGCCCCAAUGCAAGUCGAUGAUGAGCUUUGGGUUUUCACGGCACUGUGAGGUUUUUUUUUAAUAACCAUCGAAUACAGCUAGCUAGCAGACGGCUACAGGCGACGAACAAAAGGCGCGCGGUCUCAUAUUUUCAUCUUGGCGGACGCCUGGAGGGGCUGAACGUGUUUCUGACGAGCCUCCAAGAACAUUUUGACUUAUUCAAUUCCAUGAGAAGGACUCCAUGCCGGAACAUCACUCAUCUGAUACUGCCAGUGGGAACCUUGGAAGAAUGAAGGACGAAUCCACAGACAGUUGACAGAGUGAUCUAAACAGCCUGACAUGCCUGUCGAUGUGAUUGAGUUUGGCCUUGGGGGCGCUGCAGCUGCCUGUGCAGUUCUUUUCACAAACCCUUUAGAAGUCGUCAAGACUAGGUUCCAACUGCAGGGAGAGUUGAAGGCAUGGGGAACCUACCAGCGUCACUACAGGAAUGUCUUCCAUGCCUUCUACACCAUCGGUCGGUAUGAUGGUCUCCUGGCCUUACAGGCUGGGUUGCCUCCAGCUAUCAUCUAUCAAAUCUUGCAAAAUGGGACUCGCCUUGGCACUUACCAGAUAUUUACAGACAUGGGACUAACGAAGAACAAGACGGGGCAGGCGAGUUUACCCAAGACGAUGUUGGCCGCAGGAGUUGCGGGUUAUUUGGGAGCUUUUGUCAGCAGUCCAAUGUAUCUUAUAAAGACUCAAAUGCAAUCCCAGUCUCACGAAGUCAUAGCCGUAGGUCACCAGCACACUCACAGUGGUUGGCUGCAAGGCUUGAAGAAGAUCUACGUAGAGGGCAGCGUCAAGGGUUUAUGGAGAGGUGUCAGUGCGCAGACCAUGAGGAACGGAAUCGGUUCAGCAGCACAACUUCCCGCCUUUUCUCACACCAAAGAUUUCAUCACAAAGACAGAGAUGUUUCGCCCUGGAAGCUAUUUUAUCCCGAUCAUCUCCAGCAUGGUGGCUGGUGCCGCCAACGUCGUUGUCAUGACGCCAUUAGACGUCAUCAGUACCCGGAUGUACAAUCAAGGCAUAGACGAAAGAGGGAAAGGGCUCUAUUACCGAGGCAUAUGGGACUGUGCAUCAAAGGUGUGGAGGAAAGAGGGUCUAAUAGGAUUCUACAAGGGAUGGUCUGCCUCCUGGUUUCGUCUGGCACCCCAAACUGUUCUUAGUCUUUCAUUCUGGGAUUUAGGACGAAAACUCUACUAUCGAAAUGUCAACAAAAACUGAGUUAAUUAUAAAAAAGAAACGUGCGUCAUUGAUACGAAAUGAUUUUCCUGUGAAACAUUCCAAUGGCAUAACUCAAUAUACAAGAUCUGUUCGAAUAUAGAAACCAAUUGACAAAGAAAACAAAACGUCUCUUAUAGUGAUUUCUUGAUUUUACGGGAAGCAGGCAAUGUUGAUGAUCUUUGUCAGCAUUGACUAGUAUAAUCCUGAUUCUUGAAUCCUGAAAACUAGCAAUGUCCCGUUGUCAAUAUCUUCAAAAGUGAAUCCUCGAUUUAAUAGUGAGUUUUCGCAACUGCUAUGCAGAUGCUUUCUGGAACGUAGAGAAUCUAUUUUUAAAAGCCCUUCAUGACAAAGCAGCCUUUGUCGAAAAUCGGGGAAUCAAAGCCGCAGUAUCGUCCGUGACUCUGGACACACGACAUAUUUGCAAUUUUUCGUCAGCUCCGAAACUUAGGGCCUUUUCACACGUGAAUCUUGAAUCAUCAUUGUAAUGAUGAUUGCAGGCGUUCGUGAUUCUAAUCAUGUUCUAGUUUGGUUUCACACGUGCUAAAAAUUCGUCAUUAGCCUUAUUUUUCACUGGAAUCAUCAUUCAAAUUACGAUUUCUUUUUACCGCAUGAAAGGGCGGUUUGACGAUCUGCUGUUCUGGUUCACCUACUUUCGACAAAGACCUCUCAGCUGUUCAUUGUCAUCUGACCUGCAGGUUCAAUACAUUUGCUAUGUUCUAGAUUUCGUCCCCGUUGCAAUUGUGAAAUCUCACUAAUAACAGAUCUAGAACGCAUGUUUCGUGUCGAUAAUUUUUUCGACCAUCGUGCAACGCUUUUUAACCAUUGAUUGUGAAACAGUUCAGCACCAUCCUGAAGACUUGUACAUGGGAUUAAUCCCUUUCUUUUACGCCGAUCGACUGUCAGAAUGAGAUAGCUAGUCAGAGUGACGAAAUCAGUCAUCUCAACCGCGUCAACAGAUAGAUCUACAACCUGGAUAAACAACCUGAAUCAGGAUCUAAAUGGUCUUCCGAGAGGAAGCAAACUAUGGUGACAUUUUUAUGAUGCGUUCCGAAAUGCGCCUGAUCCUCAUUUGCAUCCAACUGCCAACGGCUGUAUCACAUUGACGCCAUCUUGUGGCAAUGAAGAAAUGGCGUCGCCAAGAGGGGCCCAGCACAACAAGUGGCCGUUUGAUGGAUAAAUCUGAAACUCCUUUUCGUUUACUCUUUUAUGAUAUUAUCAAGUUGAAUUUAUCAGGGCAAUAUAUUACAUGUGUGCUGAUUUUUUUCCUUUUUUGUGUGUAUGUGUUAUGAACAACCUAUUGAACUGAACCCGGGUUUGUUUCAAACUCUGAUUGUGGUUUAACUAAAAAAAAAAAAAAAAACUACGGAAAGCCAAAGGUGACACAAAAUAUAGUAUCGAAAUUCAAAUUUUCACAACUUAUCAUACUUCUUUAAUACACUUGAAUCAUUCAUAACUGGUCUAGGAAAGAUAACUAUAGUAUUUUUCUUCACCAUAAAAUCAUGAGGAAAGUAUUUAAAAUCGUAAACAUGAAAAAAGAUGGCGUCGCCAAUGAAAAACAUUCAAUGAAUACAUGAAUUGAAAAAGAUAAUGUAUACAUUUUUGUCUUUCCAUAAAUUAGAUCAUGGCCUAUAUACGGUUCACUGGAUGUAAUCGCCCCCUCUAUGUAU